GGCAGCCUGUGAAAAAGUCACAGUUGUGAUAUAACGUCCAAAAUGAAUGGAAGUAACGCUAUCAGAAAACAUGGUGGAAAGGUGGGAGACAUCUCAUUUCGUAGAGAAAUCUUUACUCUACAAGAAUGACUGUUUCAAAAGUUUAUCAAGUACUGAAUGGAAGAGAAAACAAUAGGGUUUUAUCAGCGUAAAGUAACAAACUUUAAAAAUAUCGUUUCUCCUCAACGGGAGGCCCUGGAGAGCUGGGAGUGAUCUUAUUUUGUAGAGGACACUUUACUCUAUAAUGCACAACAUUUAACUGAAAAAUAAAAAAAUUUCUGAAAAAGUCUGAAAAAAGCGGGGUUACCUUUAAUUUCCUCUGAUAAUGAACAUUACGAUUCGACAAUGUAUACAUCACUGGAUAGAGCAAGACUUCCUCUACAAUCUCGUACAUAUCCCGUUUUGUGAUCAGAAACUUAUAGUCGCCUUUAUAUUCUCCCUGAAAAAUAAGUCGGUUUCCUACGUGAAUUUUUUUAGUAGUGAUCUUCGAGAAGAGUUAUUGCCGUGUCAGUGGUGGCUAACAUUCAAAAAUACAUAGAUCAACUGAAAACUGACUGCUUAACAUAAAAAUUUAAGAAUCGGUUAAACGCAAUGUUCUGUACACAUUUACUUGCUCGAAAACAUGAACGUUUAAUUAUCCAGGUUUUUGGUAACACUGUGCACAUAUACACAGACCUGUUUACUAUUUUCCGCUAAUCAGCAUUGUCGAGCUGUUUAGAACUGUUGAGAACUGUUUAUUAGAGGUAAAUGUCCUUGUAAUCCUUGUAGAGCACAGUAAUAGUAUUUUCAGGAUGAUUGAAGUAAAACUAGUGGACUGAUGGAUUUCUUCUUCGAUAUACCAUAGAUGUGCCGAAAUGAAUCGUUAGUUUAUUCCACGAUUGUAUCGGAUGAGAUCCUGUCAAUAUAAUGCACCGCUACUAUACCGUUCCGCACUCAAAUUUUAGCAGAAACCUGUUCCACCUAGAAUCAUAGAAUAUAUGAAUAGUUUUAAGUAUAUAGUGGAAUAUCUGUAAGUUAAUUUAAAUGAAAUCGAUCACUCUGAAACUUUUUCUGUAACAAUUUCUUUAGUAAUAUAAACAAAAACUAUGCAGAAUUUUUUAUACACAAAAGGUCUUUGAUGGUUGAAAUAAUAUGCAGUUGAGAAAUAACUUCAAAAAUGUAUAUGUCGAUAAAUCAGAAAUCAUAGUUAUCGUCGAUGCAUACAUACUGUCGUAUAGCAGAUUGAUUUUAUUCGAACGCUUUAAGUUACUCAUCGUCUAUACAUUUCUAGUUCAUUUGACGUUUCGUUUUAACAGUAAAGAAUUGUGCAUAUUUAGAUCUAAAAUCAUUGCAAUCAUUUUUUAGUUUGAGACUAUUGUCGAGCGUACGAAACAUAGUCUAUGAUAAUUUUCACGUGUUACGAAAUUAUUCAACAUUUUUUAAAACUGACAGUGAGAAAUUAUCCAUCCAUCAGUUUUAACAAUAAAAAAGAAAUUUUUUCACAUGAUUAAUUUCAAUUUUUCUACUUGAAAUCAAUAAACGGCAUAUAGAAAGUCAACGUUUGCUGAAUAAGUACAAAUAACAGAUCUCUCAAAAUAACCGUUAACAAGCAUUUCCACUGAUUUCAAAGAAAGUUAUUCUCAAUAACACUGUCGUUAUCAUUGGUAAUCAUCAAAUAUAAAAAUAUUGUCGACUUUCAGUCCAUAUACAAAAUCUUACUAUAAACGUUUUAUUGAUGCAAGGCGGCUGUUCAAAAGUGAUUGAUUUCAUUGAAGUUGAUUAUAACCUAGUGAUUAUUUAGAUACUGCUUUGUACUUUUGAAGUAUGAAACGUGCACUUACCCGUUCGACAAUAAACAAAGUUCUUAAUGUUCACUCAUCCAUCAUUACCAUCAUAAAUCUUUUUGUUUCUAAUUUCAAAUACAAUGUUAUAUUGUUUAGCGUAAAACUUCUAAUUGUGAAAAUGAUUGAACCCAUACAUCAAAAAAAGUUUUCUAGUUCAAAUUUCUGAGGCUUUAGCAUUUCUGUAGCUAAAUAAGCAAUUGUAAAAACAAGUUUAUUCAGUACAAAGGUACACUUCCAGAUUGAGGAUGUCAUAUUCAAAAUAUUUAAAACAAAUGGUCUGUAAUUGUUUAUUUCAACACUACACUAGAUUUUCUAUUCUAAAUUUUUUUCAUUCCACAUAAUCAAAUUAAGAAAAAUUAGUCGGAUAUGGAUGUUAAGAAACAGUCAGUUUUCUCUAUAACUGCGUAAUCAAAAUUAGUUCUGAUUUUUUUGUUGUAAUUUAACAGUUUCUUUCUUUUUCUUUUUCUUUUAGUUAACGAGACAAUAUGUUAAUAUUACAGUGAAAACUCUUGUAUCCGUAGACACAAUAACUACUUCAAAAGAUUUAUCCAAGAAAGUCGACAAUGGAAAUAGCACGACAAAUAAACGAAAACAACUUAUUAUUUGUAAUUCAAGACAAAAAUUAUUAAUACUAUUAGCAAUGAACAGACAUGAAAAUAUUGCAUUGUUACUGGAUUCAUCGUUUGGAUCAGCUGGACCAUUUUUAAAAAUUGACGAAUUAAAUGAAUUUCCUUCGUCAUUUAUAUUUUUUAAUAAUUAUCUAAGGAAAUCUCAAACUGUUCUAUUUCGUCAAGUUCUUUCAAAUGAUCCAUAUUUGUCCAUGUGGCAAAAAGAUGAACGAUUAAAAAGUGUCGAUGGUUUACAUGAUGCUCCAAUUAGUGUUGAAACAGUAAAAAAAGAAGAUCGAAAACAAAAUAUAUUACAAAUGACUUUUUCACAAUUUUUAAAACAAUACAUUCAAGAUGAAUUGUACAUGGUAGAUGAAGUACCGGGACCAUUGAGUUCCGGUGGUACUUCGUCUGUCAUUCAUACCGAUGAUUAUGAUAAUAUUAAUUGUGUUUUACGUGGCACAAAACGAUUUAUAUUGAUUAAUCCUUUCAAUUAUACAAAUGUAUUUGACGUAGGUAAAAUUAUUGACAAUAAUCGUGGUUCAUACUCAUCGAUCGAUGUGGAUAAAACGGAUUACGAACAGUUUCCAAUGUUAAAAAAUGUUAGCUAUUACGAAAUUAACAUGACAAGUGGUGACUGUUUAUAUAUUCCUGCAUUAUGGAUCCAUCAAGUACGUUCAUUUGGAAGUAACAUAGCUAUUAAUUAUUGGUUAAAUCAUGAUCGAGCAGUAAAUUCGGUGAUUAUUGAUCGAAACACUUGUUCAGAACAUGAAACUGAUUUAACAAUGACAUUAGACACAAUUAUUUGGCCAAAAGAUAAUCAACGCGUAGAAAGUUUCAAAAGUUUUAUGUAUGAGCUUGUUGAACAUGAGAAAACAAGUUUUAAAAAGUGGACAAAAGAGUUUUCAAAGGAAUUUGAUUUUGAUUUACAAUCAAAUGUUAAAAUAAUUUCACUCUUCGCAGAAUUUUUUGAUGCAAUUGAUUCAAAUGAAAAUGGUUACAUUGAAAUCGAAGAAAUUGAUACGAUGAUAGAUGAUCGUCAAGAUCAAUGUUUUGAUAUUUUGCAUGAAAUUGACGAUUUCAUUAUUAGAAAAAAGAAUAAUACAAUGUUAAUUGAUGAAAAUGAAGAUGAUGAGAUGGAGCAAAGUUUUUCGGAUGUUGAAGACAAUGAAUAUGACAUUUAUUCUGAUGAUGAAUUGGAUGUUAAUACGACUACGAUGAAGGAUGAAUAUGAACAUGAAGAUUUGUGA